AUGACAUACAAAACUGGAGUGGCGAAAGGCCGUGGGAAUCCACGACAGCACCCUUCAGCGAAGUUCAUUACGCAGGGUUCACAGGGGCAACUCUUGGGACGGUCACGUACCCGUUUUGCCGCACGGUUGGAGAGGAAGCCGGCUGGUCUACGGUCUCCUGGACGAAGAGCCACCCACAACCGCUCCGACUUGUGCUACCGCCUUCGUACCCCAACGCCGCACGAAGUUUCCACUGAUAAUAAAUCAAAACGUCUAUAUUUUUGUCAGGAUUCCACUGUCCACACUAAUGGAUCUGGAUUUGUCAAUGCGGUGCCGCAGCGCGUGAAAACAGCGUCAGAGGUCAAGGUUGGCUCAAAGCGAGAGGAAAAACACGGACGAGUCGUUGGAAACGUUGGUCCGCAGACGCAACGUGAGGGAAAUCCUGUGUUGCAUGGGCCAUCGUUGGAGGGGCGACUGAGCCAGUCGCAGGACCAUUGGCGCAGUUGCCCUGCAGGUAUUCACAUUCACACUGACGCGGUUAGCCACGUGGGUGCAUCAAGGGUGCCACCCCCGCCACCAGAAGCAUUAUUAUCACCAAUCUUACCUGUAGCGGCCCGGUCCUCUCGCUCGCGUUCACGUCAAGAAGUGGAGAAGGAUGAGGAUUCACCGUGUGCUGUGCGGCACUAUAACUCGAAUGGUGCGAUGAACCUGAGAGGGGGACAAUCGCACCGAAGGCGACAGCAGCUUCAGACGACGGAGCGGAAGACCCCUCCGCGGGAUCAUCAACGCCAGCAGCAGGAACAACAACAAAUAGAGAGUGCUUCAAGACUGUCCGAGAUUCAUGUAUCCCCGUUAACAGAGUGCAGCCCCGUUUCUGCUGUUGCCAGUGGUGGUGGUGGCGGAGGUGAGAGAUCCCCUAUUGCGACUUUGCUGUACAGAGCCACGCCAUAUUCCGCAGGGUCGUCCGACUGUGUGGAGCGAGAGCCUAGUCUGCGGGAGGUGAUGACGGAGCAUCAGCGUCGUACCUCUUUAAACCGGGGCGCAUCACUGCCUUCCCAGCAGGAGAGGUCCAUCCUCCAUGCGGGUUUCAGCGGGAAUGCAUUAGCUGUGACGUCACCACAAUCCGCUUUUUUCUCUAAGUCACACCGUCUUUUUGGUGAUGAUCGGACGAAUACAUCAUGCUCCUCAUCGGGCGCCGCAUCACUGCACACCACACGAAGGGCCGGCGCCGGUGGUAUCAUGCUGCAUCAGCUUUUUGGGCAUGAACAACGCCCCAUUUUUUCUUCACCGGCGAAUAUAAUGAGUGAUGGGGAUGAGGCGAGGAGCUCGACCGACGUUCUACUGAGUCGCAUUAAGGAAAUGCGGGCUCAGAUGAAGUGA